UUAAUAAUAUACAACAGCUAGGAGAUAGUAAUGCUGAAAAUAAUGCUGAACAACACUUAGAAGUAUGCAAAGAUCAUUCUGAUGAUGCUUUUGAUAUUUCACAUCCUAGUACUCUCUCUCCUACGCAUUAUGAUGAUGAAUAA